AUGUGGGGCAAGAUACUGACCUACCCUUACAAUGGCAGCCUGUACGAGUACACGGUUACGGACCCUUCCACCGCCACGCCGGUUCCACCCGAGGAAGUCAUCACGAUGGACGGUUGGGAGAGCCCACGUCUUGUCAUUUUGGUUAAUGGAACCAUCCCGGGUCCACCGAUCGAGGUCUGGGAGAAUCAACUUGUGAGGGUGCAUGUGAAGAACCGCCUGCACAAUGAAGGAAUUUCCAUCCAUUGGCACGGUCUGCAUCAGAUGAACAGCCCUCAUAUGGACGGAGUGCCCUUUGUCACCCAGUGUCCUAUACUCCCUGGUCAGACGUUUACCUACUUCUUCAGAGCACAUCCUAAAGGAACCUUCUGGUAUCACUCCCACAUGGGCAGUCAACGCACUAUGGGAUUCUACGGUCCUCUGAUCGUCCACGAAAGACAAUCCGCCAGUCCACGCAUGGAGGAACUCACGUGGACGAUCACGGACUGGAACCACGCCUAUGACUCGGAAGUCACAUUCUACAAAAUGAUUUACGGCAUCUACGAAGGCAGAACAAAGUACGAAGGGACAAAGUCUUUGGACGGUGCCAGCUUCAGUCUGUUCCGAUUCCAUUCUGGGUUGUUGAACGGGAGAGGACGAUACUAUGAUCCAUCUACUGGUCAGCACAACGGUGCGCCUUUGUCUAGCUUCACCGUUGCCCCUGGACAUCAGUACAGAGUAAGGGUCAUUGCCGCCGGAGAACUCUACCCCUUCCGGAUCUCUGUGGACAAUCACCUCAUCACAGUAGUCGCCUCUGAUGGUUACGAUCUGGAGCCCAUGACCGUGGAGUCCUUUGUAAUAAACCCUGGAGAAAGGUUCGACUUUAUUUUAAACGCUACUCAGCCAGUAGGCAACUACUGGAUACGAGGAGAAACUCUGGAGGUAGAGGUUAACCAUACACUCGAAGCUAUUCUCCACUAUCACGGUGCUCCCACGGGUGUUGAUCCAACGACACAACGUCGCCAGUGUUCCGCUACAGACAAAUGCAUUGUGAUAAAUUGCCCGUUCAAAUAUUACCCUCCACAGGACCACACCUUGUGUGUGACAUUUGAUCAGCUUAGAGCAGCUAGCUCCGUCAAUUUCCCAGCACCGACCAGUCCGCCAAGUGAAUUUGACGAACUUUUCAUGAACUUCGCCUUCCCAGGAGAGAAUUGGGCACCGGGUUCCGUGAAUGGAAGAGUAUUCGAGGCCCCAGGUGUGGCGGCAAUGACCCAGGGCAGUGAGGUAGACACCCUGUGCUCAGAGGAGGAAUGUGGGGAAGGCAAAAUCUGUAAGUGCACGUGGGCCUACAACGUGGAGCACGGAAAAACCUAUCAGUUUGUGUUCCUCAACAUGGGAAAAGGCAAGGGCUGGGCACAUCCAAUCCAUUUACACGGUCACUCUUUCCAUGUUAUCAAGAUGGGCUUUCCAAACUACAACAUCAGCACGGCUAAAGCAACCACUGAUAAUGUUGACAUUGACUGCAGAGGAAACCCAGAUCCGACCAAAACUUACUGCAAUAGCGCUACAUGGGCCGACCCCUCGUGGCUUCAUGGUAACGUUCCUGGCGUUGAAAUAGAGAGGGCCCCAUUGAAAGACACCCUCAUCGUUCCUAGUGGCGGUUAUGCGGUCGUUCGAAUUAGAGGAGACAAUCCAGGAUUAUGGAUCUUGCAUUGUCACAUCCAAAUCCACAGUAUGGGAGGCAUGGCUAUGCUCCUAAAUGAAGCUCCUUCACGGAUCGGUCCGACCCCUGCAAAUUUCCCAGAAUGUAGGGGCUUUGUAACUUAUGCUGAUAGCGUGGAGACUCCAAGCUUGGGGACACAUUAUCCGAGGUCUUCGCCAUCUACGCCGUUUACGUCAUCAAUGUCGUCAACGUCUCCUACUCCGUCAACGUCAUCAACGUCGUCGACAUCAGAGACAUCAGCUAGGGCCAUCAGUUCCUCCACCUCCUCUACUGAAGAUGAUCUGUACUCAUCAUCCGUUAGCGGCUACCCUUCGGGCUCUAUUUCUGUUGACGACAGCCAGUACUCUGCUUCCACACCAUUUUCUAGUCCUUCCCCAUCAACUACAAGCACCUAUCCCUCUUCAUCAUCCCCUCCCAGUACAACAGAAGUCAGCACUGAUGCGUCUACAUCAGCCCCAAGUACCAUGCGGAUGUCAACACCAUUAUGCCAAACUCCAACCCCAGAGCCUUGUCCACCACCAGAACCAACAUCGCCUCCACCGGAAUGCACAGGUUACAGCGUGGAGGUAUUCUGGGCAGUUACUGGAUGUCUCGUGAUCUUCAUCACUCUACUGCUGAUUAUCCUCAUGAUCUAUAUGUGCCUUCACAGAACAUCCGGUGGAAGGAGCAAGUCUUACAAGUUAGAUUCUACUCAUGCGUAUCAAAAUAAAGGAGCCGCUCUUUAA